CCGCCCUAAGGCCUCCGCCGCUCCUCGAUUUUCCUCAGAGCUCAGCUGACUCGCUUCCUCAAGUCCUACGUCCCGGUGGCCUCCCCGGAGCCUUGUGGCCAUGACACAGCUGCUUCUGCUCACUGUGGUGCUCCUGGUCCUCAGUAAUGUGCCACCAGGGAGAAGCGAAUUCAAACGGUGCUGGAAGGGCCAAGGGGCCUGCCGAACUUACUGUACGAGGCAAGAAUCCUACAUGCACCUGUGUCCGGACUCCUCCCUGUGCUGUCUCGCCUACGUGCUCAAGCGUCCAGUGCUGCCCAAGCCCGAUUAUGUGUGACAGGUUCUGGGGUUGGCACCCUCGCUCUCCAAUAAAACACACGCUGCCUGGC